AUGUGGACUCCCUUCCUCCUGAGCUGCCUGCUCUACACCCUGGGGAUAGUGGCACAACCGAGGUACCUGAUCAUCAUUCCAGCUGCCCUGCCCUAUCCCUCAUUCCAGAGGGCAUGCUUGGACCUUCGUGGGGUUGAAAAGCCCAUUCGUGUGGCCUUAACCCUUGUGCACCCAUCUGGCAACCUCAGCCUCUACCGCAAGGUCAUCCGGAACAACGGGAUUUUCGAGUGCACCAGAUUCCAGGUGCCCCGACCUGCAGGCAGCCAGGAGGUGGCCACUGUACACCUGCACAUCUCCAAUGGCCACUACUUCAGUGCAAGUGAAGAGAAAAAGGUCCUGAUCCGCAGGGCUGGACCAGGCACCUUCAUUCAGAUGGAUAAGCCCAUCUACAAUCCAGGACAGACAGUGAAAUUCAGGAUUGUGACAUUGACUGAAGAUUUUGUUCCUGUUAACAGCAAGUACUCCAUGGUGGAAAUCAAGGACCCGAACCAAAACCGCGUUGGCCAGUGGCUGGAUGUGAGACCAAAACAGGGCAUUGCAGAUCUCUCUUUCCAGUUAGCUGAUGAACUCUCCCUGGGGACUUACACCAUCAGUGUCCAGUCCUUUAAGUCCAGCUCAGUGCAGUCCAGCACCUUUCAGGUGGAGGAACGUGUGUUGCAAAAGUUCGAUGUUUUCUUUGAGGGACCAGCUCAGAUUUAUGCUUCAGAUAAAACCAUCCCACUGCAAGUGUGUGGCAGCUGCAGUAAGACCUUCAUCACCAAAGGCACCUGUGUGGAGUGCUGUGCUGGACAGAGCAGGCAGUGCCUCUGCCCAGAAGCUCCUGUGGACUUCUCCCUGCAGACAGCAAGCAAUGGGUGUUUCACCCCUUCUGUCAGCACAUCCAUCUUCAAUCUGACUCCCAGCAAGGAAGACAACAAACUUUAUGCAGAAGCCUCUCUCCUGGAGAUGGGCACAGGGGUGCAGAUCAACACCUCCAGGCAAAUCCUCAUCUCCAGAACAGCUGCAAGGGCAGUAUUUGAGACACCCAAUGAAUAUUACAUCCCUGGAGUACCAUACAGGGGGAAGAUUAAGGUUCAGGAUCACUAUGGAACUGGUAUGAAGAACAGGAAAGUUUAUCUUGUGAUAAGGUUGAUGAGGCGUCGAUUUAUCAAAACGUACAUCACAGAUGACAGUGGAAUAGCAUCGUUCAACCUCGACACUACUGCCUGGAACAGCUCAUCAGUCUCUCUGGAGGGGAGGUUCACACUGGAGGAGCUCAUGCGCACUCCUCGAAGGCCUGACUUCCCUUACACGAACGCUUACCAUCACCUGCAGCCCUUUCAUGUCACAACCAAGAGCUUCCUGGACAUACACCCACCCACGGAAACACUGCUCUGUGGGCUGAAGCACAAUGUCCAGGUGACCUUCACACUCAGCAGGGAUGACCUGGGAGAAGACACCAGCCGUAUAAGUUUUGCAUAUUAUGUCACUGGCAAGUCUGGAAUUGUUGUCAGGGGCCAGAGGAAUAUCCAGAUGGGGAAAUUGAACAUGUUGAAGGGCUCGUUCUCCAUCCCUUUGACCUUCACUGCCGACUUGUCCCCGGCACCUUCCUUAGUGGUGUACGCCAUCUUCCCCAACGGAGGGGUCACAGCUGACAGCAUCCGCUUGGAUGUUGCCUUGUGCUUCCAAAACCAGGUCAAGGUAGGAUUCCCAGGUAAAGAAGCCCAGGCAGGGUCAGCAGUGCAGCUCCAGCUGCAGGCAGCACCUGGCUCCCUGUGUGCAGUCCAGGUAGUGGAUGAAAACAUGUUCUCCACCAGACCAGACCAUGAGCUGACCAGCCAAAUGAACAUGGGACUGAAAGUCUUCUCAAACCUUGUAAUCAAGAAGCCCUCUCAAUGCUCCCGUCGGAUGGAUAGGAAGCCAAUCAUAGGGGUGCCUUCUACAGAAGACCAAAGAAUCAAUGAGGAACAACCCCAAUUUACAACUCACAGAAGAUCUCACCACUAUUUCCCUGAAACUUGGAUCUGGAAUCUGUACUCUGUUGGCUCCAAUGGCAGCAGCAAUGUCUCAGUCACAGCACCUGCUGCUGCUGUACAGUGGAAAGUCAAGAUGUUCUGCUUGGCUGGGAGGGGGUUUGGCCUUGCCCCAACCAUGAGCCUCAGAACAGUUCAGCCCUUCUUUGUGGACGUGACACUGCCAUAUUCCAUCAUCCGUGGAGAGACCUUCCUGAUGAAAGCCACUGUCUUCAGCUACCUGCAGCAGUGCAUGCAGAUCCAGGUGGCCCUGGCUAAAUCCUCAGACUUCCAGGUGGAGCCAUGUCUGACUUGCAGGGACAAGGAGUGUCUGUGUGCAGAGGAGUCCAAGACCUUCAUGUGGAAUGUGACAGCAGUCCAACUGGGGACUCUGAACAUCUCAGUGAGGACAGAGGUGCUGGACCCCACAUCACGGUGUGGGGGCAGGAAGCCCUUGCCAGCUGCUGUGAGGGGGAGGCACACACUGACCAAACACUUGCUGGUCCAGCCAGAGGGUGUGUUAGUGGAGAAGUCCUACAGCUCCCUUCUGUGCCCAAGAGGAGGAAACGUGGCUGAAGAACCCGUGUCCCUUCGCCUCCCUGACAAUGUAGUCAAGGCUUCUGCCAGGGCUUCCAUUUCCAUCACAGGUGACUUCAUGGGGUUGGCACUGCAGAACCUGGACCACCUGGUGCAGCUGCCCCACGGCUGUGGGGAGCAGAACAUGGUGCUGUUUGCCCCCGUUGUCUAUGUGCUGCAGUACCUGGAGAAGACGAGGCAGCUGAGCCCUGAGAUCAAGGCCAGGGCAGCAGGAUUCCUGCGCAAUGGGUAUCAGAGACAACUUCUGUACAAGCACAGGGAUGGCUCCUACAGCUUCUUUGGGCAGAAGGAUGGAGAAGGAAACACUUGGUUGACAGCUUUUGUACUCAAGAAUUUUGGCCAAGCCAGAAAAUACAUCUACGUAGAUGACAAGAGCAUCCAGGAUGCCCUGCGCUGGCUAGAGCAAAACCAGCUCCCCAGUGGCUGCUUUGCCACCAAAGGGAACUUUUUCCACUCCUCCCUAAAGGGCAGCAUGGAUGAUGAAGUCUCUUUGGGGGCCUAUGUCGCUGCAGCACUGCUGGAGAUGGGUCUGCCCCUGCAGGCCAAGCUGAUGCAGACUACUCUCCGCUGCCUGCAGAAGGUGGUUCACAACAUCACCAACAUCUACACAGAAGCCUUGGUGGCCUAUGCUUUUGCCCUGGCUGGGGACUAUGAGACAACCCAAGAGCUGCUGUACAAACUGGAGGAACAGGCCAUCAAAUCAGGAGGACAAAUCCACUGGAGCCCCAAGCCAAGCUCUCCAGCCUCCACAGACUUCUGGCCUGGCACGCAGUCAGUGGACAUAGAGCUCACAGCCUAUGUGCUCCUGGCGUACCUGUCCAAGGCCCGGGUGCACGCCGGUGACAUGACAACUGCAGCUGCCAUUGUGGCCUGGCUGACACGGCAGCAAAAUGCCCACGGUGGCUUUGCCUCCACCCAGGACACGGCUGUUGCCUUGCAAGCCUUAGCGAAGUACGCAGCGAGGGCGUUCAGCACCUCGGGGCAGGCCGUGCUGAGGGUGCGCUCCCAGAGGGCCUUUGGGAAGGCGUUCCCGGUGAGCCGGCAGAGGCGGCUGCUGGUGCAGCAGGCGGCCCUGGUGGAGAUCCCGGGGCAGCUCCUGCUGCAGGCCCACGGCAGCGGCUGCGUCUUGGCUCAGACAGUGCUGAGGUACCACGAGCUUUCCCCACGGACUCCCGUGACCUUCACGCUGCGUGUCAGCACGGAGCUGAACAACUGCAGCCAGGCGAACUCGCGCCUCCUCACCGUCCGCAUCCUCACCAGCUACAUUGGGAGCAGAGUCACAUCCAACAUGGUGAUCAUAGAGGUCUCCCUGCUAUCUGGAUUCAUCGUGACUUCCAGAUCCAGAAUGUUGCUGGAGAACAGAACCAUUGUUAAGAAAAUAGAAGUGAAAGCUAAUGUGGUCUACAUUUAUCUGGAGAAGCUCAAUGAUGAAUCUCAGACUUUCACUCUGCAACUGGAACAAGUAAUUCAGGUGAAGAACCUGAAACCAGCCAGCAUCAAAAUCUAUGAUUACUACCAGCCAGAGGAGCGAGCCUUGGCUGAAUACAGGGCUGUCUGUAGUUGA